AUUCAUUCCUUACCGCGUCAGAGAAAAACAAGAAAGAAAGAAGUGCGGUCUUGCGGAUAUGGAAGGAGGAGGAGGAGGAGCAGGAGGGGGAGGAGGGGGGAGGAGUACGCUGUCGGAGAUAUACCAGGACGCGAAGAAGGUGGUGUUGAGGACGAGAGACGCGGUAGAACGCCUGGAGCGCUUCGAGUACUCGAGCGCUGGUAUGGAAUCUCCCCCGGAGCUCUCGUCCUCAAUCGCGAGGGACAUCACCCACAUCCAAUCCCUCUGCGUCGAGAUGGAUCGCCUCUGCCGCUCCCUCCCCUCCAAGUCCCACCGCGAUCUCUGGAAACGAAAAGUUGAACAAGUAGCAGAAGAGGCUGAAUCUUUGAAACAAAGUUUGGAUAAAUAUUCCUUAAGGACUCAGAGGAGGAUGAUGGAAGCCAAAGAGAGGGCAGAAUUGCUUGGAAGAGCUAAUGGGGACUCUCAUGUUCUGAAAAUAUUUGAUGAGGAAGCGCAAGCAAUGCAGUCAGCUCGUAGUUCUGCCCGGAUGUUGGAAGAAGCUAGUUUAACUGGUGAGGCCAUCCUGUCUGCAAUGUCGGGUUCAAGGGAACGUCUAAAGAAAGCACACCGGAAAGCACUGGAUGUCCUUAACACAGUGGGGCUCUCAAAUUCUGUAUUAAGGCUGAUUGAGAGGAGGCACCGUGUUGAUAAUUGGAUUAAAUAUGCCGGCAUGAUUUUGACGAUCAUCAUUGUGAUCAUCAUUUGGAGGUGGAAACGAUGAUUUACUCUUUUUUGUCUAGUUAUGUGUGUACUAGUGCAUUUCCUCCAGAUGCUUUUUUUGUCAAUGCAAUUUCAUGUUGAAAGGUAAUGGAGAUUAUAGAAAGGCCAUCUUUAAGUAUACUUCUAUAAAAUUAGUUUGGAUACAUGUGCUGUCUACCAUCUCGGACUUCUCUUCCUGUCGACGGUUGAAAUCUUAAAUGUAGUGCAUCUCCAUUUUCUGUAUUAUCUGUUGUGUAGUUUAUGGAUCCGUUGAGUUCUGGCCAAAGAUGCUUUGUAUCCGCUAUACAUAUCACACUUUAUUCCAUCACUAUCUCAUCUUGUUAA